AUGGGCGGCAACAUCGGGCAGCUUGGCAGUCGCACCUACGAGUCCCUAGCUGACGAUGAGCCCUUGGACCCUGAGGAGCCCCCCAAAAGACCCACCGGCAAUCUCAUCAUGCACAGCAUGGCCAUGCUUGGCCGGGAGUUUUGCUACGCAGUGGAGGCGGCCUACGUGACCCCAGUCCUGCUCAGCGUGGGGCUGCCCAAGAGUCUGUACAGCAUGGUGUGGCUCCUCAGCCCCAUCCUGGGAUUUCUGCUGCAACCCGUGGUGGGAUCAGCCAGCGACCACUGCCGGGCCAGGUGGGGCCGGCGAAGACCAUACAUCCUCAUCCUGGUCAUCAUGAUGCUCUUGGGCAUGACUCUGUACCUCAACGGGGACGCUGUGGUAACAGCUUUGAUUGCUGAUCCAAGGAGGAGGCUGAUUUGGGCCAUAACCAUCACCAUGAUAGGUGUAGUUCUCUUUGAUUUUGCUGCUGACUUCAUUGAUGGGCCCAUUAAAGCCUACUUAUUUGAUGUCUGUUCCCAUGAGGAUAAGGAGAGGGGCCUCCACUACCAUGCCCUCUUCACGGGUUUUGGAGGUAUGCUGGGUUACCUUUUGGGUGCCAUCGACUGGGCCCAUCUGGAGCUAGGAAGAGUGCUGGGCACAGAAUUCCAGGUCAUGUUCUUCUUCUCCGCCUUGGUGCUCACUUUGUGUUUUACUAUUCAUCUCUGCAGUAUCCCUGAAGCCCCACUUAAAGAUGUUAUAAAGGACAUUUCCCCACAGCAAGCCCCCCAGGACUUUCCAUUGUCACCAGACAAAAUGUACCAGUAUGGGUCUAUUGAGAAAGCUAAAAAUGGUUAUGUAAACCCGGAGCUGGCAAUGCAUGGGGAAAAACCCCCAAAUCCUGCUGAACAGACUAGGAAGGCAAUGACCGUGAAAUCACUGCUGAGGGAGCUGGUGAAUAUGCCUCCCCACUACCGCUGUCUUUGCAUCAGCCACCUCUUUGGAUGGACUGCCUUCCUGUCUAACAUGCUCUUCUUCACGGAUUUCAUGGGCCAGAUUGUGUACCAUGGGGAUCCCUAUGCUGCACACAACUCCACAGAGUUUCUCAUCUACGAAAGAGGGGUCGAGGUUGGAUGUUGGGGCUUGUGCAUCAAUUCCAUGUUCUCCUCACUUUAUUCUUACUUUCAGAAAUCUUUGGUAUCCUACAUUGGAUUAAAGGGUCUUUACUUCAUGGGGUAUUUGCUAUUUGGCCUGGGGACAGGAUUUAUUGGACUUUUCCCGAAUGUCUACUCCACCCUGGCUCUGUGUACCUCGUUUGGUGUGAUGUCCAGCACUCUGUACACUGUGCCCUUUAACCUCAUUGCCAAGUACCACCGCGAGGAGCAAGAAAAGAAGAGACAGCAGGCCCCGGGAGGGAGUAUGGACGGCAGUGAGAGAGGGCAGGGCCUGGACUGCGCGGUCCUCACCUGCAUGGUGCAGCUGGCUCAGAUCCUGGUUGGAGGUGGCCUGGGCUUCCUGGUCAACAAGGCUGGGAGCGUCAUUGUGGUAAUCACAGCCUCUGGGGUGGCCAUGAUCGGCUGCUGUUUUGUGGCUCUCUUCGUAAGAUAUGUGGAUUAGGUCAAUAGGGAGACAUCAUCCCUAACCUCCAACACAGUGAAGGGCAUGGUAGGAAAUCAGUCUGUCCUCUGGCUCUGCAGCUUUGGGGUCUGCCCAUUGGCUGCCCUGCGUUAUGACUUCUGCUACAGUGAUCUGCCUGCACCUCACUUUCUGCCAAACCUCUGCACAGCAGUUUCCUUAUUUUAGGCAUCAUCUAUCUUGGGAAAGACUGGGCUCUGCCUCCAUUCACCGGUGGCAAAGGUUAAUUGUGGGAGAUGGCGCCUCUAUGCGCCUUCCUACUGCAUCUCAGGACAUUCCAGGCCUUGACAAAACGCCAGAAGCCGACUAGUUUUACACAGGACAAUGGUGUUUAUUCUAUCAUGUGUUGUUUUUUUCUUAACCAGAGGUCUAUAUUUAAUCGGAGGGUCAUACUUUUCAUUAUUUCACCAAUACUCAAAAUAUUGCUGAUGAUUUAUGAUAUUAGCUUACUCAUAUUUAAUUCAUACUUCAUUUACUCAUACAGACAGUCCCUGGCUUACAAUACAAUGGUUCAAAUUACAAUUCUUCUUCCUCUUCUCCUUCUCCUUCUCCUUCAUCUUCUUUUACUUAACGAUAGUUGGAAAGCAGUGCACAUUCAGUAGAAAGCAUACCUCAGAUUGUGAAUUUUGAUCUUUUCUGGGUGAUACAUGCCCUUGUGAUGCUGGGCAGCGGCAGCCACAGCUCCCAGUCAGUCUCACCAUCCCGAGGGUGAACAACUGGUCCACUGACCACCAUUCUGUCCCCAUACAGCUCCACUGGUUUUGUUUUUGGUUUCCAUUUUCAGUAUGGUAUUCAGUAAAUUACAUGAGAUAGUCAACACUCAAAACCACUCCAUCUUCCUUCCUCCCUCUCCCUCUCACGUUAUCCAUCGUAGAGUGGCGAGGUCAUGACUAACUCAGAGGAGUGAU